UGAUCUUCAGUCCAACCCGCGCUUUCGAUAUGCGUGGAGAGGAUUAUUGUCGCUCCGAUUUUUACUCGUAGAAAAAGAUUUCGUCUUUCACACAAGUGAUAUUUUGAAUAUAAAACAAGUAAACAAUCAUCGAAAAUAAAAAAAAAUUUUUAAUAAAUUUCUCCUUCCAAGAGAAAUAAAAUACCGACAAGUGUAUUCUAAUAGUUUCUCAGUGAUACUUCUGAAUAGAACCACUUUUUUGAUAAUAAACUGAAUUACGAUAUUUGAUUUUGUGGUUAAUUAUCCGAAAAUCUAAGUUCACAGCCCUUAAAUGUAAGAAAAUUUAAGGACAUUUUAUACCCUAGUAAGUAGUUGUCAGUUUACAAAAAGCGAGUGAAGAAAUAAGAGCUUUGAUAAGAGAGAAAAAAAGAUGAUGAUGAUGUUGAAGAAAGUGGAUUAUUCUAAAAUAGUGUUUUCAAUGGAUAGUGUAAAUUUGGUGAAUAACUGGAUUCCACAAUUUCGUCUUUAGAAGAUUAUAUUGAGGUGGAAAGUGGGGAGAGAAAGAGACUAGCUCGCAAAGAUGAAUCUAAUUUGGACAACGUUGGUCCUAAUGGCAAUUACGAGCCUCGUAAAUGCCUGGAGCAUUUACCACACUGGUCAUCCUGGCACUGACACAAAAUGCGAAAGGCUAAGCGUUUCCUUUUGUCGAGGUCUGGGCUACAACCUCACGUCCAUGCCAAACUUUAUGGGCCACGAAAAUCAGUUACAGGCUGAACGCGGGCUUCAACAAUUCAUGCCCUUGGUGCAUAAUAAUUGCUCGAAACAUUUGAUGAUAUUCUUCUGCGCUGUCUUUGCACCAGUUUGCUCGGAGAAUUUGGCAAUUCCGCCAUGUAAGCCAUUGUGCUUAUCCGUGAGACGUGCAUGUGAACCAGUCUUGUCAAGAUUCAAUCUUCCUUGGUUAAAUAUACUCGAUUGUGAUCGUUUCCCAGAAGCAAAAUUUAGUGGGAACACUCUUUGCGUGCAACCGCCACAGGAAGAAGCAACUCUAUCGGAAACCCUAUCGCCAGCGGUUUCACCAGCAAUUCAGCAGCAGUGGCCUGUUCAAUCACUGCAACCAACACAGCUACCUGCUGCUUCUAAUCACCAUAAUCAGUGUCCUAAACAUUUUAUCCAAGCACCGGAUAUCCACAAUAUAACGUGUAUUCCAAAGUGUGGUGCAGACGCUUAUUACAGAACAGAGGACAAAAGAUUCACGGAACGUUGGAUGAUUGGAUGGGCAUGGCUUUGUUUUCUUUCGACGCUUUUUACUCUUCUCACAUUCUGGGUGGAUCCCUCUCGAUUUCGUUAUCCUGAAAGGCCAAUUGUCUUUCUGGCUUUGUGUUAUAAUUUGCUAUCGGUCGCUUUCAUCAUUCGAGGGGCAGUUGGCUCUGAAAAUUUAAGCUGUGCCAGUCAACUUGAUGGACCAUCAUAUGUACCAGUACAUGAUGGUCUAAGAAGUAUGCCAUGCACAAUUUGGUGGUUCGCGAGAUAUUAUUUUGGACUAGUAAGCAGCGUAUGGUGGUCGAUUCUUUGUGGUUGCUGGUUUUUGAGUGCCAAACACGAAUGGAGUAGUGAAGCUCUACACAACAUAUCAACUUAUUUACACGCCAUCGCCUGGGGCUUACCGAUUCUUCUCACUGCUGGUUCACUCAUCGCAAAAAGCGUCGUAGCAGACGAAUUAACGGGCCUCUGUCAAAUAUCCGAUGAAUCCGCCCUCUGGCUGGAGGUUCUUCCACAUGCAAUUCUCCUCCUGCUGGGUUGUGGUUUCGCGUGCUUGGCAGGUGGCGCUCUCGUCCGUGUGAGAAGAGCUGUCCGAUCAGCUGGCCGAAGUGCGACAAAAUUAGAACGACUGAUGACGAGGCUGGGAAUUUUCGCCUUACUCUACGCCUUACCUGCCCUCGGUUCACUCGCGUGUACAAUCUAUGAAUCGCGCAUAAAACCACUGUGGAGGGAAUUUGCAUUUCUCGCCGCCUACAAUUGUAUAAAUGCUCAAAAUUGCGAUCACGGUCCAAUUUAUUCAGCGGCGGGUCUUGAAGUUGCACUGCUCAGACUAUUUCUUUCGUUGGUGAUUGGCGUCACUGCCGGAAUGUGGGUUUGGUCUGGAAAAACAUGUAGAGCCUGGAGUCGUUUAUUGGCUGCUCCUAGUAAACUCUCGAGGCCAACUGUCAAUCUUGAGGCAAAUCAUCAAUACGUCGAUUACAGUAUGUUCCAUGGAUUGAAAUCUGUCGAUUCUGUAGCUGUUGCGUGAUUUUUUUCGUUUGUUUGUAUUUUCUUUAUACAAAGUUUUAUGUUAAGAACGCAUUUAGUAAGUUUUGUAAUUUUAUCAAAACGUAUGGCAAUUUUUAACAUACAGUAUUGUAACUUUAUUUUUAAAGUUUUGUAUAUUUAAAAAUUAAUUGUAUUUUCUCGUGACAUUUGUACAUUUUUUUUGUAAAUACUGUAAAUUAAUGACAACGAAGUAAGGCUUUAAAAAGUACUUAUCGAAUGUAUUUGUAAAUAAUGAUGUUUAUUUUAAUGAAGAAAUAAAAAAUUUUAAAUAUUA